CUAGAUACCCCUUCAGUGGGAUCUUCUGGUCUCUCGCAGUCCCAACAACCGGGCAGUGGGUCGAAUUCCUCGCUUAACCAAUCCCGCUAUUUUUCGAGCUUGGCAGCGAACCGGUACCGCAAAUCAUCGAGCCCAGCUCGACAGCUUCUAGGUGGUGUCGGUAGCUACGCUACGACCGGUCGAACUUCACGCUUCCCAAGCUCCAAACUGUCUGCCCUCGGGGGAGGCAUAGCGAGGAACAUUCGAGCCUCCGAAAUGCGAAGGAGUUCUGCGGCUGGGUUGAAUGCAGCAUCACAGCGACCCCCACUACCUCCUAAAAUUGAGAACCGCUGCCAUAGCUAUGAAGGACUGCUACGAGAAGAAAAGAAACCCUCUGAAGGAGAAGAUCGUACGGAUUCGAGACUCCCCGACACUGUAUCGGCCGACACUACGCCGGAACCGGCCAAACCAACUGAGGAGUCUAUUAAAACCAAAAACCGCAGAUCUCGCAGCAUGGAUGACUUAUUCGACGAUGACCGUGAUCUUAGGGAUUUUCUCGACAAUACGCAGAGCAUGGAAAACCUCGUAUCCGAGGAAACCCCAACUGAACCGCAAUCUCCCUUGAAAAUCGUGGGAAACAUUUGCUUUAAUCCUCGAUUUGUCGAACCCGUUAGCCCUGAGACUCCCGAAACGCCCGACCCUCGUAUCGAUACGGCAUCUCCUGAGUCGUGCGGCGAACAACCCUGUGAAAACGAAACCAUCACCGUGGACAGCACUCCACGUGCGAAGAAGCAUGACAUCGAAGAAGACAAAGCACCGCCUGAAGAUGACGUACUGUCGACGAACUCGUCGCUGAAUUCGUUCGCUUGCACAAGCGACACCACUUCGGUGAGCAAGAAGUCCAAUACGCCUUUCAUCAACAAAUACGUCAAGAAGGUGAAAUCGCUGAUGAAGAAGUAGACACUUAAUCUCUCGAAUAUCUGAGCAACAAGUAUCCAACUCUCCACACGCAAUUCGUCCGUUAACUCAAACGAAAGUUUUUAAAAUUUUACUGAAAAAAAUGUGAUCUUGUAGAACUAAACUAAGUAUAGUUAAGUCAUAAUUGUAACUAUAGUACUGCGAAGAUGUAUGCCUUUUAUGACCUUUUUUAAUGUUUUAUCGUACCUGUUUCAAAUUUUCACUGACGUAAACGAUUCAGAGAACACCAGCACGCCAUGCUACGCUUCAUGAGUUGACUAAAUGUACGGACAGAAUCAGGUAUUUUAGCUGGAUCUAACUAAUGUGAUUGCUUGGCGAUUGAGCGAGCGAUGAAAAGGAGUAAAAUAUAUUAUUUUAACCAUUAUUAGGCUUAGUUGCAAUCGUAGGUUAUACAUUUGAAUAUUUAUAACUGUAAUCGAAUCAAACAUACACACAUACAUAGGCACUUUGGUGCGCGAGACUCCGGUCUUAGCUAAUAUUCAUAUAUUUUCGUUAUUUAUAGCUACAGAAAUGUGUCAUUUUAUAGAAUAGCGCACUCCAUUGUGAAUUAUAUUUAACUACUAGUGGAUACGAAGAGCAGGAUCCAUGUGCUUUUUAAUGCCACGUACAGUUCAUUUUCAGGAUGUAUUAUGGUUUUUAAAAAAUGACAACCAGAAGUGUAACUAAUUCAAAUCAUAAAUAUAUGUAUAUCAAAAAAGCAA